AUUCCUUUCUUUGAAAUUUUAUGUCCAUUAAAAUGGAGGAUUUCUCAUCCUUAAACAAAAACUAUGGCAGGUUGUCUGUGAAAGCAAUUCUUAGUCACUUGAGAGAAAAGAUGAUACCCGUUCUCAUUCAAACUCAGAGUUGGAUAUUACAGCCAAAAUUAUGGAGAUUUUUGGGUUUCGGUUCAUCAAUUAUUGGACUCUUUUGCUAUGCUUUCAGCUCCUCCUUCAACCAUCUAUUUGGACAGUGGACUUUCUUGAAGAUAUUUCUCUAUAGCAUUUUCAGUCUCAUAAUCUCAUUGACAAUUUUGUUUCCAAACACAUGGCAACACUCAAGAAGUCACAGGUUCAAAGCUCACUCAGCUUUUUUAGUUUUGACAAUCACCACAGUCUAUUCCUUUUUAUCAGAUAAAGUGGUGAAUAAUGGAAUACCAGAUGCAUAUAGCCUCAUUUCAAGUGCUGCCUUUGCCAUCAUGUCAGUGAGUUUGUCAAGACAGAUUCAAUGUGGAUUUGAAGUUGAUCUUCUUUACUUUUUUCUAGGAUGUCUAAUGAUGCAACUCAUGAAGAUUAAAUUGCAGUUAGUUAUUGUUGGGGCUUGUUUCAGCUAUUGCCUUAUUAUUCUUCGUUCUUCAUUUUCAUCAAUGGGUGUCGCCGCCUCAGCAGAAAAUGUGUUACCUGGACUAGUCCAAGAUGAACAAGUUAUUGUCAUUCAGGUAGAUUCUUCUCAACAUCAGGUGAAUACAGAUAAUUGUAGCAUCACGCAGCGGCGGCUAAUGAAUUGUAUGAAGGAGCUUCAGCAGAACAAUUCAAACCUCACAUACAUACUUCUGAAGCAGGUGAAAGAGUACAUUGAAGAUAACUCUGAAUUGGCGGUGACCGACCAUAAUUUCAUCAUGGACGCGCUGCCGCCGGAAUUGAUGAACAACCUUCAGGAAACCGCCAAGUUGGUGGUGGAUGCUGGGUUGGAAAAGGAGUUCUCCGAAGCCUACAGCAAUUGGUGGAGGGAAUUUCUAGAAGAGUGCCUGAUAAACAAAGUAUUAGGCUUGAGAAAGAUGGGAUUUCAAGAUUACAUGAUUGGAAGAUGGAUCAAAGCUUCUAAAGUAGCUCUGAGGAUAAUUUUUCCGGGCGGACGGAGACUCUGGGACCAGGUGUUCUCUGCAUUCUCCUCCUCGGCCGCCUCUGAUCUUUGUUUCUCAGAGGUUUGCCGAGGAGCCGCGAUUCAGCUUCUGAAUUUUGCUAAUGCGUUUGCUAACAGGAGCCCUUCAGCUUGGCGUUUGUUUAGGAUCCUGGACAUGUUUCAGGCACUUGAUGGCCUAAUUCCGCAGUUUCAAUCACUUUUUACUGACUCUUUGGUGAAUGAAGCUAUGAGAACUCAGAAGAGAUUGGGAGAAGCAAGCAGGGACAUUUUCAUGGAAUUCGCGAAUCUAAUUUUCGACAUUCCUGAAGCAGAUUUAGAUGCUUGGGAUAAUGGUGGGGUUCAUCUAAUGACCACCAUUGGUGUCACAGAAUACUUAAUUCCUGCAUUUUGGUCAAGGCAAAUUCUAGAGCAAAUUUUACUAGAAUUCCCAAUUUCUGAUGGAGCUGGAACAUCUUCAUUCUCCUUGCAGAUGGAGUGGAUAAUGGAGCAAUUUGAAGGAAAAUUGGAAGAUAAGUCCAAAAUAUACAAAGAUCCUGCUUUGUGCUAUUUUUUCAUGAUGAAUAAUAUGAGGUACAUUGAUAGCCAAUUGGGAACAACCUUGGGGGAUGAUAGGUUCCAAAAGAAGGCACAGCAGAACUUUGAACUCUAUUGUAGAAGCUCUUGGAGCAAUGUGUUGGAAUUUUUGAAGCUGGACAUUGAUGAGUCAUGGGAUUCUAAUGUUGCAGCAAAGUCAAUGAUAGAAAAGCUCAAUCUGUUCUAUCAGCACUUUAAGGAGGUCUGUGGUGUUCAAUCAACAUGGCGUGUAUGUGAUAAGCAGCUGAGGAAACAAAUAAUAGAGUCUGUUGAAAACAUGUUGUUGCCUGCAUAUAGGAAUUUCAUUGAGCAGUUUAAGGAUGUUCUUGGUAGGCAGAGUGAUGAGUUUAUCAAGUAUGAAAUGUGUGACAUUCAAGGUAUGCUGAACUCAACUAUUUGUUUCGUAGGAUCAUGCUGAAGUAUUAGACUUUAGAGGCAUAAUUCUACCCCGAAGUUAGCUUGAAUUGAAGAUUGUCUUCUCGUAUAUAAGAGCUAUCUUGAUGAUGUCUUUAGUCAAUAUGAGAUCUCUGAACACACCCCUCACGUCCAUACUGGAUAUAUGAAGUGUGAGAUUCACAGGAAAGAACAUUUGUGAGUGACUCAUAUGUGGAUAGUCUCCAAUAAACAAUAUAAGAUAAACUCAAUUGGAAUUCAGGUUAGAUCUAACUCUACCUUAAUAGAAUGGCUAAGGUGCACCUUAUAUGAAGGAAGAAUUACAAAAUUUUAAUUAUAUGUAUUCCGCGUGGAACCAUUAAGGCA